UAUGAGAUAUUAAAACUUAAUUCUAACACUUGACAGUGUGGUGAUUUGUUCGAAACUUCACUCUGCCACAUAACUUCCAUUUAGUCACGCGUUUCCACUGAUCUUGUAUUGUAACUCUUAUGGAACACUGACAAAUGUGUGAACGAUAGUUUUCUGGAAAAAAACAAAACAAAAAAACAUUACAAUUGCAACAAACGAAGAAUAAACGUAUGUCGCACUCAUCAUAUGAGGAAACACUACUUCAAGAUGAAGUUGCUGUAGUCCAUCCACAGCAUACGUAAGAGCGCUGCUUCAUAGUGUACAGAUUCAGAGCGCCUACCCACAGACCCGUGUGGCUGCAGUCAAAUGUUGAAGCGCGUACAGUGUUAGUGAAAGAUCGCAGGUAGGAGCGCACGCUUCACUUUGUGCUUCGUAAUACUGCUCGAGUCCAACGUGCUAUGCCUUCCGAAAGUUUCGUUGGAGAGGGGGAAGGAUAGGAUGGAGAACAAGGCGACUGAGGUCUGUGUGGACUGAAGACAAGAGCGCGCGCUAUGGAGAUGACCGCUCGCCUCGCGCACUUGGACACCAAGGUGGAUGGCAGAAACUGUGAUGGGCUUGUCAACCAUAACGGAGAGACGACGGAGAUAAGAGUACCGCUUUCUCACACGGGGAAAAGACUUAGUCCGAUCGAGGGGGGGAAUCUUUACAGACUGCGUGACAGAAAGUUCCUGUUGGAGGACAAGAAGCGCCUCUGCGCGUGGGCACUGGGAACCGCGUUGUUAGGCAUUCUACUGAUGGUAUUACAUGCUGAGCUGUGCCCAGUAGUGUACAAACCAGGAUCCAUAUAUGCCCUCUCCAUAAACGGUCUCAUCAGUUUCUCCACUGGGUGUCUGCUCAUUCUCAUCAUCGCCUUCCAUUAUAAAGACAUCAGACUUUUCAUCAUUGACCACAACCAGGUGGACUGGCGCAUUGCCAUGACCAGUAACCGGGUGCUUGGCAUCUCCCUGGAGCUCAUUGUCUGUGCUAUCCAUCCUGUGGCCAUCUACCUGAGGCCAGAUAUGGGGGACAGAAUAGGGGGGAAGCCGGAGCAAAAUUCCUCUACCCCCCUCUGCUUGUCCUCCAGUCACAAAGAAGUCAUGCUCGAUGUGGAGCUGCUGCUGUCGGCCCUCAUGUUCCUGAGACUGUAUCUCGUGCACAGAGCCGUCCUGUUACACAGCAAGGUGCUCCUCAGCGCCUCUUACAGGAGCAUUGGCUCCCUCAACAACAUCAACUUCAGCUUCCGCUUUGUGCUCAAGGUGCUAAUGAACAAGUAUCCGGCCCGCACGCUUCUGGUCUUCAUUAUGUUCUUCUGGCUCUCCGCUGCUUGGAUGCUGCGACUGUGUGAAAGGCAGAAGCAGGUAGAGACAGGUGGCAUGGACACAGCACUGUGGCUCAUAGCCAUCACCUUCCUCACAGUGGGCUAUGGAGAUGUGUCCCCUCACACCAGCUGUGGAAAGCUGGUGUGUCUCUUCACAGGAGUCAUGGGUGUGGCAUGUACUGCUAUGUUGGUAGCAGUCAUGACUAAGAAAUUGGCGCUUAACAAAGGGGAGAAACAUGUGCAUUUCUUCAUGAUGGACAUUCAGAUCUCCAAGCGGAUUCGGCACGCAGCAGCUGAUGUGCUAAGAGAAUGUUGGCUACUGCAUCGCACCACCCAGACAAAAGACAACGGUGGAGAGCAUCGACAUCAUCAGAGAUGCCUGCUGGAGGCUAUCCGUGUAUUUCGUCACUUGCGGUUGAAGCAGAGGAAGUUAAGGGACUAUGCCAGUGAGAUGGUGGAUCUCUCGAAGAUGCAGAUGAUCAUGUGUGAUCUGAGUGCAAACUGGAACAGCUCUUAUCAUGAGCUUGAGCAGCGAAUCAUCUCCAUGGAGCAGAAGCUAGACGAGCUGGGACGCUCCUUCCAAAGCACCUCUGAGCUGCUCACACAGGCGCUACAUCGCCGCAGACUGGACCACAGGUGACCUGUGACAUCUCUUUGGAAGGCUAUCCUCUGAGUAUUCUUCAAUCAAACCACUUGAACUGAAGGAGGAACUUUAUGAUGGGAACUUUUUAGGGAUUAACAACCACAGCAGAUAUCUUGUUUUAUUUUGAACACAAGUUCUGCUAUGCGUAUUUAUGAACAUUUCCUCAAUUCUACAAACAUGAACUUGAGAAAAGGUCAUUUUGGUUACUUUAAACUUUUGAUUCAGAGUUUCAGUUCAUGAUUGAUACCAAAAAGAAGAGAUUGCAAUUCUGGUGUUACACCAAGAAACAAAUUCAGAUUUCUUGUAACACAAUCGCACAGGUCUCAGAGUGAUUUAUAUCACUGUGAAAGUAACAGAAAGGAUGUAAAACUUUUUUUCUUUUUUUUUCAUUCUUUUUAUAAACUAUCAGCUUCUCUAUAGUUCCUGUUUCUAGGUGAUACUGGGGAAGUUAGUCAUUCCCAAAGUGAAGAAAACACCUGAAGCUCAGUUGUUCAUCUCAAAAUUUGGAAGUAUGAAUCACGCUGAGCAGCUUGAUUAUAAUUUUAUGUAGGCUAUCUAAUUUGAUACACUAUUUUCCAGUUACAUUUAAAUGUGCGUACAACCUGGGAAUGACACAUUGAUGAAGGUCUUUGUAACUUGCUGGCAACUUUUUAAAAGGUAAGUUGGAUAAAUUGUAGUUAGGUGUCAAGGAUAAGCCAGACUUCCUCACUGACUGUUGCCCUUGUACACUGUUAUUUUAAAACGACACUAAUUUAGGCAGAACCACCUGCACCCACAGUUCCCUAAUAAAAAAUCUGGGAAUGACUUGAAUUUCCAUCAGCUCUUUAACCUGACAGGGCAUCUGUUGAAUGAUGGUAUGUGGCGGCUCUAAUUACACCAUGAAAAGGUUUUGUACAUUAUGGUCUUCAGAAUAUUGGUGUAACGGAAAAAUCUUUAUUGCUCGAGCCUGUUCAUUAAGACAGAGGCUGUCAGUCCUCUCUGAUAACUCCUCCUGGUGGACAAAAGUAUGUGCUGCACGUUUGGCCAUCAUUCCUGUUAAGACUAUGCUUGUCUUUUAUUGUUUGGGAUAAAUAAUUUUCAGAACAGACUGAAUACUUAGAUGUAUAUGCAGCAUAGUGACUAUAUCAGGGCAAUGGGAAUAAGAAUAGAGGUCAGAUCUGUUGUAUGUAGGCCUAUUUCUUUUCCAAACAAACAGGAAUUUCUUCUUAGUCGUCGCCCAUCUGAAACUGCUGAUAUAAGGAAAGCAUAUGUAUGGCACCCAACUCAUUAUUUGACCAAUCAUUAACCGUUGCUGCUUAUACAGGAACUAAAAACAAAUAUAGUAAAGCAAAACAGAACAUUUUCAUUGCCUUAUAUUCAAGAUAAGUUGAUCAGGAAUUCAGUUUUGCAUGUUGUAUUGUGAAAUCUGCAUAAAAAAUGCCAGGAGAAAAUGAAUGAAAAAAAGUUUACAGCAUUAUUUUUGCACAUUUUAAUAAAGCCAUCUCAUGUUAACACAA